GCUCAAAACUCCUAAGCUCACCCUUUGCUUGUAUCGGUUUUUGAGUCAUGAAUUAUAUCCCAAUCAGCAGUCAUGAGCGAUAUCGCAAGAGGAAACGUCGAGAUACUCGUAUAUACGACGGCGCCAAGCCUGGGAAGAGAUGACACGCGGUAUCGAGCACUUGCUCAAGCAUAUCUGGACUUCCGACCUGCAAAACGACGCUGGUUGGGAGAUAUUCCUAUCGAUGCAAACUCGCAAGAUAUAAAUAUACGGGCUGGCAGUCAGUCUCAUCAAUCUACACAAGAGGAGAGAGAAUCGGAAGCAUCAUGGCGACCCGACGAGGACGGACCCGAAUCAAUGUCGCAACAACAGCCACAAAACGAUUUCGAUCGGCAGGACAUUACAGAUUUACUCAAUUCACCAGACCUAUCAUUCAUGAGUGUUAUGGACAACAGAGCAUCUCCAGCAUUUCGAGGACAGAUCACGUGUCGUCCCGCUGGGUCUCAGAGCAGCAGAGGAUCUUGGCAAGCUCCUAGGAGCGAAGUUCCUGAUUCACAACCCGAUAUCAUUCCUACACUAGCCGCUUUCUCUACUCCAACAAGGAUCCUAGAAGUCUUUUUGCAAAAUCAAGACAAUUCUCAAUCCACGUCCCUCUCAGGCCCUUCACCGACAAGCGACAGGCACCACUCCAGCGGCCUCAAGAUUCGACUCAGCAGCCAGAAAUCAUCCAUUUCAUCUUCACAAGCACGUCAAAGAAGCUCCAAUGAGCAGAGUAGCAGUCUGGAAGCUAGCAAUGAAGGCCGUUCAUCGUCACAGAGUCUUCCGCAGAAUCGAAACGAAAACGGUAGUCCGGAACUUCGUGGCAGCAUCGAGAAGUCUUCUGCUUCUGAAACAAAUCCUCCAACCGAAUCUCAUGGAAAGAGUAGCCUGGAGGUUGAAGUCGGUACAAAUGGAUCUUCGAGAUCAUUUUAUGCGGUUCAGAUGCAGAAUCAGAAUGGAGAUAUUCCUUCAGUGGGUAUCAUCAAUACUAGCGACCCUCUGUCCUCUUUUGACGUCCUAGCCGUCACUUCAUCUCCUUCGCCGGUCAGAGCCCCACCAAAGCCACCACUGCGAGUUCUCAGGAGCAAAAGUCCCAACACUCCUGUCGUGCAAGAAUUUCAGCCUGGUAAAAAGCGAAAGCUCCUUGGCUCGAUCCCUGAAACUCAGAUACCGGCAUCUGCACCACCAGCUCUUGCUAUGGAUGACCUCCAGUCUACAAGCAGGCCUGCUAAGAAGCCGCGCUUAGAACCUACGAGUUCCAUGAUUGAAGCCAGAACCAGGAUUGCUCCAAGUUCAGCACCGGUUCCACAGAGUCCCAAACUAAAAACUACAAUAUGGACAGACCGGCUAGAGAUACGACCGCGCCCUCCAGAAACUUCAGUAGGAGAGUUAAAAGCAGAGAUGUUGAUCUCGCCUAAGCUUCACACCGCAGCACAGAGGAUGCCUCUUGCGAGUUACUUUACUCCGAUCAAGCAAACCCGAGACUUGCUCCCCAUGGAGAGAGGAUAUUGGCUAGUCAACUGCAGCACUUGGACUGAAGAAGUUCGAGUUGGAUGCUGGAAUUUCCUUGGAGAAUUGGUUGGAAACGGGCUUGCUGGUUGGGGCGUUUGGUGUGUCAGGGAUGCGCAGUUUGAGACGAUACGGGUCUAUUGUUGGGGGAUCGUGGUUGGACAUAUUUAUCUGGUUUUGAUAGCUGGGAGCUAUAAUAGAAUCAAGAAAUCGGAUGCGAGUUGGAUAGCGGGGGAUGGGAAGACUAUUAUCAGAAUGCCAUCAUGACGUUAUGCACUUGAUAACUGCUCUACUUUUGUUCUUGACUUGUGCUGUGCCAUGUUCAAGUCUUUGAACUUAAGAAGUGCUGCAGAGUCAGCUAUGAUAUCCUCAAUUCAAG